CCAGAAGCAGAUCUCGCAGCUAGAUAGUGGUGUGCAGUGUGAAAGAAGAGCGCAGGGAGCCUCAUUGUAUUCCCACGGCAACGUGCAGACAGACCGACAUCUACGCAGUGCAAAACGGACAGCACCCCUCGUUCAAACGCCAUCCGUCUCAAACCCUCACUUUUCCCACCGGGAGAUGCACGCUGGUUAGCGACGACAUUCUGACCACUACGCUCAUUUACCAGUCUACCUCACCAACCUAAGCCAGACCGGCCAAGGCGCAAAACCAACUCGACACGACCAUCAUGUACAUUCUCAGCUUUCUUCUCCUCGCCACCAGCGUGCACGCUGUCUCCCUCGCCUCCUUCACCCCUCGCAUUAAGGAGCUGCCCUCGCAAUGCGACACAGCAUACCGCACCACGAUCUCUGGUUGUGUUGGCGACGAGUUCAAGGCAGGGGCGACUUGCAGCGAUGCGUGUGUGCAAGGCUUGAAAACGAUUGGGGAAUCUGUUAUGAAAGCGUGUGAAGGCGUGGAUGUUGGCGAGACGAGCAUCAUUGGACUCUUCCAGAUGGGGUCGGGCAUCAAGGCACUGUGCCCAAACAACAAGGAGGAGACUACCGCGACGACGACAAAAAAUCAGGAGAGUGUUACAAGAACACUGCAGCAAACAAGCAUACGCUCACAAACGAGCACACGUGCAACAGAGACUGACACAGGUUCAUCCACGACGCAGACAGAGGAAGCAAAGCCAUCGAGCACGUUAUCUGGCUUGUUAACAGAUCCGGAUGCCACGACCACAUUCGCGACAACGGCCAUCGUCGCACCAACACAGAGCUCUUCAGCAACACAGAGCUCGACGGCCAACAACCAGUUAUCCAACACGAAUUCUGGGGGUGGAUCGCCAUUCGACGUCGUCGCCAUGGGUUCUUCGUCGCAAUCACGCCCUGCACAAGUGACGAUGGCGGUUCUUCUUGCAACGGCAGCGUUGCUUGUCGUAUACGUCUGAUUGCAUAACGCCCACAUUUUCUUUUGUUGCCAUGACGGCAUGGCGUUUGGGCAAAGGGGUUUGUUGUAUCGUUAUACCCGCGCUGGUUCACAAUAGGGACGUGAAUGCGA